ACUUGACGCGUAAGUUUUGUGCCGGACUUGGCCAAGUCGGACACAUGACACAUUCGUACAACAUCCCAAUCUUGCCUGACCCGCACAAUUGGUGCGAGGGUAACUCAAAGUACGCACUGGACGUUGGACAUUCUUCCUUACUGUUUGUUAGGCUUGCCCUCUUUUUACACCAUGCGUGCACUCCUCCAGGAGUGUGACUCACGCAACGUCUCAAACUACAAGCUGUCAACUCGAUCCCAGCUGCCACAGCCAGAUUGGUGAGUAACGUUUACAUAUCUCGUUGAGUUUGACAGUGGAGGCGAAUCUUUCUUGGCGAAACAGACGAUACCUCCUAUUAGAUUGUUGUGACGCUUUUAAAUUGCUGUCAGUUGUCCCAUUUCAAUCCGACGUGAAAGCGCCCCGUCAAUCCCGUACCUUAAAAUCGAGUAAAAAAGCCGAUAGUUUUUAGCCUCAAAUUCUAAAUUGCUUAAGCAUGAACGCAAUCAAAAAUUUCGAAAAGGGAGAGCUGGUGUUUUCCUGAUUUUGGUUGCGGGACAACCAACAUCUUUCUUCCGGCUAAUGCUCAUUUAUCUUCGACAUUUUCCCUUGUUCCAUUGGUCUCCGAUUACUUACCCUUCUUGUCCCUCCUGCGAGCCAGACCAUACUCAUAAUCGUUAACAAAUUUCUUAAGUAUACAGUGCAUUCACUUAUUGGAACAUGACUUCACACCGCCCAAUAGGACAUGUCAAGUGAAGGAAAUUCAGGAAAUAAUAAAAUUCGACACCCUCAUCUUAUGCCAAGGUUGUUAUAUAUACGGUAGACCUGCACACAGUUUGCCGAGAACGAAAGUUGCCUGAGGUAUUCAGCAAGUAAAUUUACUGGAUUUCGUAUUUGUGGGUAUGCUAGAACAUCAUUUCCAGUUUUGGAAAUGAUUGAGCAUGAUAUCGGUUGUAGUUCAUUUAAGAGGUAAUUUUGAAAAGUUAAAUACGAGUCUUCCUCAUGGCUGUAUCAUAUCUCAAAAUGAUGGUGAUGCCACAAUAGAGUUCAUGACUCUUCUCUCGUUACAUUUGCAUCCAGCCAUUUUCAAGGUUAUUGUUUUCCACACAUGGAUUGAGAUUCAAGUCCUAGAGGUCUCAUCAUUUUAAUAUGUUACCUCUCACUUGGUGGGUAGACUGGCCAAGAAUUCAAUCAAAAUUACCUAAACCGGGUCGUCAGCCUUGCCUUUGGCUCAACUUAAUGUUUGCGGAAACAAAGUUUAACAACAACCCAAUCCAGUCGUCAACCUUGAAAAUUAUGGGUUGUAUGUCUCUUCAGCAUGCCAGUAAAGAGUCAAUCUUAAGUGUAAUCAAGAUUGCUCCGGUUUGGUCAAUGCUCUUUGACCUUUACUGGGCCUCAUCACACGAGCAAUUGCAACCUAUAUAAAGUCGCUCUUGAUUGUGAAGUUAUCAUAAAAACAAUUGAUUUCCAACCAUGAACGGUCAUGCAAAAACACGAGCCGGACUCUUUUUGGUAUGUCUGGAUAAGAGCUUGGUUCCCUCACCACUGCCAAGUUUGAGGGAUUGGUGACUGAGUACUUGACUCAAGACUUCAACUUGGCCGACGAUCGGUUGCCAUCUGGACUUUGUGGAAGUUGUUGCCAAAAACUGCGAGCAUAUGAGCGAUUGGAUUUCACUGCAAUACUUCCUGACAUGCCAGUGGAAUAUUCCAUCAUGCUGCGGUUUCGCCCUCCCCGCGGUGUGGAUGCCAAGUGCCUUUGCUUUCUUUGUACUACCUCCUAUUAAACUGUGGGUCUACGAAGUACGAAGAAACGCAAGAGGUAACGAGGUCGACCAUGGCCUGAGUCGGAUGCUACUUUGACGACUUCAAGCAAUACUGGGGCCAAACAAGCCAUCAUCCUUGCAAUUCUGCAAGCUCCUUGGAAGACCUACGGAAAUUAGUUCCUCAACGGAGUUUGGAAAUCCUGGCCUCUGAUUCGCUGAAGGAAAAAAUUUCCAAGGGCAUCGAACCGACAUUGGCGACCAGAGGCAAUCCUCCCCGUCUUUUGCCCAUGGCUGCUGCGCACAAAAAAAUGACCGCAAACAGCAAGAAGUCUGUGACACUUGAAGGUUUUAAGCGGGCUAAAAUCAUUGCUGGACUUAGUGGAAACGUGGCUCUAAAGUUUGUGCGCCAGAUUCGUGGAUCUGUUAAAGUAGAGCCUGGGUUCAAAGAGGCGCUUGCGAAUGUCAAUCGAAAAUUCUCAUCCUUAUUUGCGGUUGAAGAAGAAGUUUCGCCCUUGGAUAGCUCUAAGAUGUACAUUGUUUUCUUUCGCCGACCGAUGGAAUUCUUUGAUUCAAUAUUGUCUGAACGUGGUUCAACGGCCAUUGACUUUCUGCUACGGUUGUCCAUUGAUGAAGGACGAGGUUUUCUUAAGAUCAGUGGUAAUUUGGUUUUUCGACAUGCCCAUCUCGAGACGAGUUCUGGAGUGAAGCGGACAUUUUUGUUGGCCGUUUCACCAAUCAAAGAGGCUUACCAACAUAUCAAAAUUAUGUUGGCAAAGUUGGAUUUAGAUGUUGGCGAGGAUCUUGACGAAUUUUACUCGCAGGAUCUUAAGUGCUUCAACAUCAUUUGCGGUUUGGGAAAUCAUGCCAGCACCCGACCUUGCAUUUAUUGCCUAUGGGUCAAUGGAUGUAAGAGUGAAAUUUUGUAUGAAGAGCGAACAUUAGGUGGGCUGAGGAGUGACUAUCAGCAGUUCUUUUCCACUCCCAAAGCCAAAGAUUUCAACUCAACCCAGCGCGAGCCAAUCCUUCUUCCACACAAGGAUCCAACAAUUCUCCUUUUACAAGUAUGUGCACUUCCUUGGCUCCACAUCCGUCUUGGAAUUGUGAAUCAUGUUUACUCGAAGAUGAAAAGGGAAAUUCCUCAAACAGUUAUGUGGUCCAGUACCAUGGAUCCGGAUUUGAGGGAAACGAAUGCCAAAAGGUGCUUGAGAAUUUGGACAGUUUGCAGAGGAUCUUAAAGGAAGAGCACCAGGAAUUUAGGGGUGAAAAAUGUGUCCAAGUUCUCUGGCGUUUUUACCACCUGAACUCUGAGUAUUGUGCGAGUGCUAUUGAUGUUUCUGCUCUUGAAAAAUGUGUCCAAAGAUUUCGUGCAGCUUGGAGGGAAAGUGGAAUGUCCUUAACCACCAAUGUACAUCUUAUCUUGGAUCAUCUGGUUCCCUUUGUCAGAGCAAGAGGAGGGAGACAUAUGGAACGUUUCGUUGAACAGUCCCAUGAAAGCCUUCAUGCCGAAUUUGAGAAGACUUGGCCAAGAUAUGCCGUCAAGGAAAUAAUGAACCCCACGUACUCUUCCCGGCUCCUAGCUUGUAUCAAUGAUUUUAACAGUGGCCAUGCAACUUAAUGUCCUCUCAUGUAUGAUUUCACUCUAUAUUUUCCACACCUACACAAAUAUGAUGCACAAAUGCAAAUAUGACCAGAAUUAUUGUUCUUUGUUA